AACAGAUUUCAAAACUCAAAAUGCGUGUGUUGAUCCUUUUGGCAGUAGUAGCAGCGGCCCUUGCGGCCCCGGGCAAGCAGUCCCAGCGUAUCGUGGGCGGCGCCGACACCACCAUCGAGCAGUGGCCCUUCUACGCCAACAUCAACUACAUCACGUGGGGCAUCCGCUUCCUGUACUGCGGGGGCUCCAUCAUCAGCAAUGACAUCAUCCUCACCGCCGCUCACUGCGUUGACGGUGAACGCCCCAGCAGCUUCGGCGUCCGUCUUGGCUCUUCCCUCGCCAACUCCGGCGGUCAGUUCAUCAACAUCGCCGCCAUCAAGAUGCACGAGACCUACGACACCCCUGUCCUGGACAACGACAUCGCUCUGAUGAAGCUGGCCACUCCCAUCCAGGAGUCUUCCACCAUCGGCAUCGCUCGUCUGCCCAGCGCGCGCUUCUCCCUGCCCGACAACACCCCUGUCACCGCCAUCGGUGUCGGUGCCCUCUACUCUGGCGGCCCAGCCCCCACCGUCCUCCAGAGCGUGGAAGUAUUCACCGUGAACCAGGAGCUGUGCGUCGAGCGCUACGCCUACCUGAAGACCCAGCCCGGCUACGGAGCCUGGCCCGAUGUGACCGACAACAUGUUGUGCGCUGGUAUUCUGGACGUCGGCGGCAAGGACGCCUGCCAAGGAGACUCCGGCGGUCCCCUCGCCCUGUCUGGAAACAUCGUGGUGGGAGUCACCUCCUGGGGCAUGGGCUGCGCUCACGAGUUCUACCCGGGUGUCAACGCACGCGUCUCCAAGUACAUCGACUGGAUCCAGAACAGCAGCUUGUAAUUUAAUGAAUAAAUAAGAAUACGGUUUAAUG